UUUCGAUCCUUGUUUCUGCCACAACAAAAAUGAUGUUAACGUUUACUCAAUUGUAACAACAUUUUAUUCAUUUUUCAUCGAAUGUUUCUACUGGAUACAUUUUUUUUGGUGUUUUCUAUGACAAUACCGGUUUUGUCAGAGAUGAUUCCUUGUCAGACGUGGCACUUACUAAUGAAGAACGACGUCAUCUUUUUCAAAAUGUUUAUGCCAUUUUAGUUUUAACUUUCGCACUCACUUUCAGUAUUAUAAAAAGAGUAAAAUUAACCACAAAUAUUAAAUUGACAAAGCAAGAAUAUUUCUGUCGAAAAGACUUGUACAAAUUGAUUAAUUAUAGUAGAAUUAUCGUUUCUGUUUUCGUUGUAAGUGGUAUUAUUUGUUGACAAGCAUUGAACAUUUUUUAUAUAUAUCCUGCUGUAGAAGAAAGUCUUACGAGCACGAAGCACUGUUUUGCAGCGUAGAAUUUGGCAUUUACAGUAUAUUAAUUUAAUUGUGGGUGGAAAUUCUAUCAAAUUUUUUUCUUAGUUUUGCUAGUAAUCAUCUUAAUGAAGAUUUUCCAGAAGCUAUCGAAAGAUCUGCAACUAAUAAAAGUGAAUCAUCCGAAUUUGGAAACGGAAUUAAAAGUUAUUAUGACACAACACAAUGAACUUUGGGACAAUGUGAAACAAUUGAAUGUGAAACAAUUGAAUAGUCCAUUUAAUUAUGUUUUGAUAAUUUUGUACGGUUCACUAUUAAUGGAAAGCAGUUUACUUUUUCAUGUUAAUAUUUUCUCGAAAUUGAAAUUUGCAUUUAGAGUUUUCAUUUGCAUAAUUAGUCCUGCAGUAUCAUUUACUUGUAUUUUAGUAGGAUUUUCAGCAUCCGCUUUUACAUCUAAUUUUCAAGACAUUCGAAGAUUCGCUCAAUACCAUCUGAAAUUGGAACAGAAAUUGAAAAUUGUGAAUUUUAUGAAAAGAUUUAAGAAGGCAUCUUUAUGUUUAUCUGCCAACGGUUUCUUCGAUGUUACCAUGAAGUGUUUAGUCAAGAUGUCCAGCGCUCUCUAUUCUGUGUUUUCGAAUCUGUUAAAUUUGAGGACCGUUUCCACGAAGAAAUACUGCUCUUACUGAGAUAUGAACCUAAGAAUCUAUCCUUUGAAUAUAAUUUCACCUGAUAACGUUUCAAUUAAUA